UUGACCACAAGAAAGGAAGGAUUCAUUCCUUCAAACUAUGUUGCAGAAGCAGACACUAUGGAAACAGAAGAAUGGUUCUUCAAAGAUAUCACACGGAAGGAUGCAGAAAGACAGUUGUUGGCGCCUGCUAACAAACCUGGGUCUUACCUCAUCCGGGAGAGUGAAACUUCAAAAGGAAGUUAUUCACUGUCAAUCAGAGAUGCGGACGCUCAGGGGCAGGAUGUUGUUAAGCAUUAUAAAAUCAGAUCUCUGGAUAAUGGAGGCUACUACAUCUCUCCAAAAAUCACAUUCAAUGACAUCAACAGCAUGAUAAAACAUUACCACA